AGAACACAGUGUGUGUAGUUGUAAGAAGUCCCUUUAUGUCACGUGCACUAGAUGACUAGCCCAAGUAGAUACAUUGUAGGUACUUAUGUAAGCCCACCUGCCGAGGUUUCGCAGAAGUUUACCCAGAAAAUGGGCAGCACCUAGGCCCACAACUGCAAAAAAUUACCCUAAGCGAAAUUUUGCAAAAUCUAACAAUUUUCGACCAACUCGAACUUCGCUCGAUCUUUUUUUCAACCUCCCCUCGAGACGACAACCGCGAAGUCAAUACUAACCGCCAACUUCCACCAGCACAAAAAUCACAAUGGGUCCCAAGGUUCCUGCGAAGAAAGGCGGUGCCUCCAAGGCGCCGAAGGGUCUCAAGCAAGCCAAUGCUGCUGCUAAGGCCGCCCUCCGAGGUGACAACUCGCACAAGAAGCGCAAGGUGCGCACGUCGACGACCUUCCACCGACCCAAGACCGUCCGCCUCGCGCGCUCGCCCAAGUACCUGCGCAAGUCGAUCCCACACGAGCCGCGCUUAGACGAGCACAAGAUCAUCGUCCACCCGCUCAACACGGAGAGCGCCAUGAAGAAGAUCGAGGAGAACAACACCCUCGUCUUCAUCGUCAACCUCAAGUCCAACAAGGCCCAGAUCAAGAAGGCCCUCAAGAAGCUCUACGAUAUCGACACCGUCAAGAUCAACACCCUCAUCCGACCCAACGGCUCCAAGAAGGCUUACUGCCGUCUUACUGCUGACGUGGAUGCCCUCGACAUCGCGGCCACCAAGCUCGCCCUCGUUUAAAUAACUAGUUAGCGGGUUUUGAGAGGAGGAAAAUACCUGAUUCGCGCGGUGGUUCGGCAGUGAUUUGGCAAAGCGGGAUGACAUGGCAGAUCGUGUCGCGAUUAGGUAGACGCGGCACACAAACCUCGAGUCGUCUAGGUGGACUAUAUGCAUACCAAAAAGGCCGGCGUUGCGUUUUUUGCCCAAUGAAUGGAUGGGCUAGUUAUGGGCUUCCUAGGCUUAUGAUGAGAUCAACGGAAAAGAAUUGAUUUCUCAAAAGACACGAAUUAAAAACUCGUCCCGAAUGAUUUGAGACUGCUCUCUUGCUCUCUUUUUUUCCCU